CCGGGCCAAGAAUCUCAAAUACCGUUACAUCUUCUUAAACUGUAUGCAAUUCCAGUGAUCAAGAAAUCAACACCUUAUAUAGUUAACGAAGCAUAAUUCUAUUGAUUUAUAGUGUUGUGCUGAUCUUAGAUCCUUCUGUUCUUUAAUUAGGCUGCCUGCUUGUUAAUCGUUUAAUAUCAAGGGCAAACUUAAAUUAGGGUUUACUCACCUUCUGAACACAUGGGGCACGACCAUGCAAACCACACGCUCGGAAACAGAUUUGGUAGAGAGGCUUGUUGGUCAACGGUACCUGAAACUUCGGAUGAUUUGCUGGAGGUUAACAUGAAGAUGUAUUCUGCAUUUGCGGGCGUGACAUCCUUCCCCUUGAAGAGGAUUAUUUUCCAGUUUUGGCGACCGCAAAUUGACCAUGGAAGGCUGGUUCUUCAAUGUUUACGUAACCCUUAUGCUGUUUCUACUUAUAAUCGUGGUCUCGGUAAAUACAGGUCAUGUUGUACCAAGUACCGUUAUAGUGUCGUUGAAGGAGAUAGUUCUGACAACCCUCCUCCUUGGUUCAUAAGCGGUGGUGGUCCAGUCGUCACUGCAUUCCUGAACCAUUUUCCAGAGGUGGUUCUGGACCUGAGGGUUCUCCAGGGUUCUGAUCCGCUGGUUGAUUGUGGUUUGGAAUGUGAUUUGAUGUGUUGUGUUGUGUUGUGUGAUGCUCCCGGUUUGUCAUGGUGGUUCUUCUGACUGUGUUGGUGUUGUUGAGUGCUCUAUGAAGCAUCCUACUCUUCUUCUUCCAAUGUUCAAUGAGUUGAAAUGUGAACUAGAGAGAAGGGGCCUAAGUAUCUAUCAUAUACAAGGAAGUUGGCCAUACAAGGAGGCUAUACCAGGUGAUUUGGAACCUGCCAAAUUUGAGAUUGAAAAUGGGUUAAAGAUAGCUUGUGAAUCACAUGAUUUAACUCUUGCUCAAGUUUGGAUCUCUUAUGAGAGCGAUCAUCAUGCAUUGGACAUGACGAAACGAAUGUUUUUGGUGAAAAUGAGUGGGUAUUCAGUUGAUUCAAAUGACGAUCCUUUGUCUUCCGUUAAGGAUUUCUACGAUAAGCUUGAUGUGAUUAAUUUGAAAACGGGGGAGGGGCUCGCUCAGAAGACUCUUCAAACUCAUCAACCACACUUGUGCAGAAACAUCUAUAAGCUGAGUGAUAAUAGCGGGGUAUUGGCGCUACUCUCUGCCAGUACCAAAUCCAAAAAAUGUGCUUCUUUUGUGAUAUGCUUGAGGAGCACUCACACGAGAGAACUUGACUACGCGUUUGAGUUCUUUUGGCCCCAAAGUCGUCACCAUUUGAUCUUGUUGGACGCUUUGUUAGCGACACUAAGGAAGCAUUUGCCAAGUUUCAAGUUUGCUUCUGGUGAACAACUUGGUGAUGAAUUAUCUGUUGUAGAUGUUGAUGGUUAUUCUUCAAGGCUUGUGAAGGUUCUCCUGGGAAACGAAAACGAAUUAUCAGAAGCAUCAAAUGAAACACGGACACCGGUAGGCGUGAAGAGAAAGUCCAUUGCGGGUCAAAGUGACUUGAAUCAUCCGGAGGGUGAGGAUGAUGAUCUUGCCAUAUUAGCAUCUUAUAGAAGCAAACCCUUAUUAUUCUACAUCCCAAGCUCAUCCACAUUUGAAUAUGUUUUGGAGAAACUUAACAAGGAGUUCGAGUUGGAUCCAACUCGGACCUACAGGGUCGAGUACAAAGCUUCCUCGGGCCAAUGGUCUAGUCUAGUAUGCUUAGAGAGUUGUCGGGGAAUGGAUCUCAUUAGACUUCGUGUGUUCCCUGAGGGUAGACAAGUAGGCUGGCGGUGGAAAACUGAUAGUUGAUUUUCAUUGUAUUGGAAGUUUAAACUUAAAGUUCUCUAUAUUUAUUUCAUGC